AUGGCCAGGCCAACGGUCAGCGCCACGAGUGUCAAGGCGACGGCGGCCGAGGCCUUCGCCGUGCUGCGCCAGCGCAUGCGGGUGGCCGAAGAGCAGGCCAGCGCCCUGGCGGGAGACCUGGAGGCGCUCGGCAGCAACGGGCAGAGCCUUGAUCUUUUCCACUCGAAGACUUUAGAGACGCCUGCUAGCUACCCAGCCGUAAGUCCUGUGCAGGCCAGGCUAGCAUUUGUGGGAGAAAAUACACUGUGGAAAAACUGUGAAUCACUAGUGAAUCGAAUGUGUUGGUUAGAGAGUGUUCUACAGACACUGAAAUUAAACAUCUUCCAUCUGCAGAUGGAAAAGGAGCUGAAUCCAAAGCAUGCAGCCCGAUUGGAGCAACGGCUAAAUGCAGUGCAGGAAGAGCAUUUGCAGGAAAUGAAGGUUGUACAGCAAGAGGCAAUGAAAUUACGCCAGCAACUAAGUGAUGUGAAAGAGGCUGAGGAAAAGGCAAAAGAAGAAGUUCAAAGACUAAGUGCUGCUCUGGAGAUUAGAACUGCAACCAAGUGCUUGCGCUCUUCUAUUCAGUGCUUCAGAACAGAGAACAUCAAACCGGAGAUAGAAAUCAAAUUCCAAUUGCAGCUGAGGAACACAAAACAGAAAAUGAACUGUAGAUUGCAGGAUCUAACAGAACAGCUGUCACAGGAGAUCAGCCUGCGGGAAUCUUUCGAGGAAUCUCAAGCAACCAUGAUGUGUCAGGUACAGGACAUGGAAACAAUGGUAGAAGCAGAACGAAAGCAGGUGCAGAUACUGCAGCAGGACUGCCAGGAGUUGCGUAAAGAUGUCCAGCUAGCCCGAAAGAGGCUGCAAGAGGAGAAGGAAAGAACUGCUUGGCUGGAACAGCAGUGCACACAGCUGAAAGCUGAGCUGGACUCCAGAAACUGUAUCAUUUCUCAGCUUGAUGAAGAAGCAAAAAAUGCACAGCUGUCCUUUAACAGUCAACAAAAAGAGAACCUGCAACUUCAGUCUAAAAUAACUGCCCUGCAGGAAGCAGCAGAGAAAGUACAGGUCCUUAAUGACCACUUAAGCCAGCAAUGCUCAGACCUCAGCACCAUGCUUCAAAAUGUUGCCAUGGAGAACGUUAAACUCAUUUCAGAUCAUCAGGCUGUCCUUAAGGCAGAACAAGAAAAGAUGACUCAGCAGCUGCAGGAGCAAGACUACCUUCUGGAUGCUGCCUGUGCUGACAUUCUUGGAGAGCUGCAGUGUGUGCAACAUGAGAGGGCUCAGCUUCAGAAAGAGCUGAAGGCCUUGCAUACAGAGCAUGGCAAAUGCAGACAGAAAGCAAGCCUCAAGGAGGAAGCAGCAGCCACACAGAGAAAGCUGCUGGAGAGUACUGUUGCUAGACUGCAAGGUGAACUGGAGAUGGCUUUAGGAUCUCUGAUAGCUGAAAAGGACGAUCUUAAACAGGAAAUAAAGACAACAGCAAAUGAAAUAGCACAGGAAAGGAACAAACUGGAAGUAGAAAAAACAGAGAACAAGACACUAGCAGAAGGAAACAAGAGGCUAUUGGAUCGCUUGGCUGCACUGGAACACCAGCAACAUGCUCAGCAGAAGGUGCAACAGGUGCUAGCAGAGCUAACUAACAGCAAGAAUAAACUGGCCUAUGACAAAGGAGAACUUCAGACUAAAGUGCAGCAGCUGAAGGAAGAAUUGCAGUCUUUUACAGAUGCACAUUUAGAUAAUAGCCAACUUCACAAGUGUAGAACUAGUUUUGUAGCAGAAAUGGCACCAAAAAGAAAAAAAUCCCCAGCAAGGCCCUGGCAGCGCAAGUCUGCUGAUCAUAAUGCUAGGUCAGCUGCAGGUUCAAAAGAAGAAACUGUGAAAUUUGAUUUACGUGCUUUUGCUCCCCACUCUCCUUUACACCGGAUUCAUUUUGAACCGGACGAACAUUCAAGAAAGUCUUCUGAACGUGGAGAUUGUCUUAAGGUCAACCUGAGGAUUCUGUUAAACGCUAUUAAGAACAUGGAAGAAAGGCUGGAGAAUAAAAUAGACAUUCUCGCUCCAAGAUUAUUGAAAGUUAUAUGGUCUGCUGGGCUUAACAAAGGAGACUCCAACGUGAUGGCAAACUUGCAGCGCCAGCUGGAGGCAGCAAAGAAUGAUAACAGUAAGGUGACAGCCAUGCUGGAGCAUGUGUUAGCUUCUCAUAGCAAGAUGCAGGCAGCUCUUCAGGCAGUACAAACAGAGCUGGGACACAAGGACACUGAAAUCAGCAGUCUCAGAAAAGACAGGAGCCAGAAUCAACAGAAAAUACAGAGGUUAGAAACAGAAUUGGAACAUUGCCAAGCCAGAGUGGUUGCCAUGGGAAGUCAGCACAGCAGCCAGGUGGAACCACUUUGUAAAGCACUAGAAGUUACUAGAACAGACAACAAGAAACUUGCUCUUCGUUUGGAACAAGCUCUGCAGGCCAAUAAUACCCUGCAGAACAAGCUGAUCCAGACUCAAUUUGACCUGAAAAGCAAAGAAACUGAGCACCAGCAGCUGAUAGUCUGCAGGAAACAGCUAAUGGAAGAAGCUCAGACUGAAGAAAAGAAGUAUGCUGAACGGCUGGAGUCUUUGAAGAAGCAGUUUCACGUUGAGCGAGAGGCUUCUAGAAAAGCUACCCAGCGAGAAUCUGCUGAGCUCAAGAAGGCUGUUGAAGAAGCAUCCUCCAAAUUGGGUGAAGUUUCGCGUGCUAACAGGGAGCUACGGCAGAAAGUAACAGAGCUGGAAAAGUCUUUAGCUAGCUACAAGGAAAAGCUAAAAAGCCAGAGAGCUCAAGUCAGACAUUGCCUGGCGUCUAAAGCUAGCAAUGCUCAGAAUGCAGAGAGGAUAAAGGAGAUUGAAUAUGAACUGAGAGAAAUGGAAGCAAUGAAAGAGCAGUAUCAGAAGAAGAAUUAUGAACAGUCACAGAACAUCCAAAAAUUUGUGACAGAGUUAACAAGUUUGCAGACUGAGAUGCAAGAAUUGCUGCAAAACCAACAUGAAAUACAAACACAAAACAGGCAGCUGGAGACCCAGCUGGAAGUGGAGAGAAGGCGAGGGCAGCAGCUGGAAAACCAGUGUCAGAGAUUGGAAGAAACGAUCAAACAUCUAAAGAAAAGUAAAGAAGAAACAGAACAGAAACUGAAGGAAGCCAGCAUAGAAUCAGAGCAGAUCACGGUUAACCUGGAGGAAGCUCACCGCUGGUUCAAAUCCAAGUUUGACAGCCUGCAGCCAGAACUUAAAAAAAAACACCAGGCAAAGAACCCUGAAGAGAGCAGCUUCACAAUGGAGGAGAAAAAGCAAGCAGAGCUCCCCACCCAGCCCUUCCUGGGUGGCAGGGCAAGGACCCAGCCCCUCCAGCUCACCACCAGGAAGGCCCGGGUGACCUGGGCAGGAAGUGAGCUCACCUGACCUGCGAUUCCCAGCCCAGGGCCACCUCGGGGUGCCACGGCGCAAGGAGAGCAUCACCUGCUCUCUGAGACUCCCUGCUAGUGUCUGGGUGCUGAGAGCAUCUUGAGCCCCAAGGAGCUGCGUGCUGAUGGAGAAGACUUUUUAACAAGGUGUGAAUCAGGGGGUUUACUUGAACUGCGACAGCUCUGUAUCACUGAGAAGACCUUGCAAAUAAAAGGUGCGUUGACCAGCUGGCUCACAGGACACCUAUAUAUAGGGGACUUAAGAAUGCUAAUUUACAGUGUAUGCUCUGAUUUGAAUUAAUUCAUCCCUCUCACCUGUCCAACA